AUCAUCUUUUUUUAUUGUUUGUACACGAUCUAUGUUAUCGACGAUGCAAAAGCAAAGCUAUUGCCUUGCUCGUAUUAUCAAUUCACAUCAUUUAAUAUUUGCCAAGCUGUUGCCCGGAUAAGACGUUCCAUAACUUUAACAGCUCCAACAAAGUUAGACGAAUUCUAAGACAUAUUGGAGAAUAUAUCAACAUCAGAAUUAAUAAUUUUUGACAGUUUUUAUAAAGUAGAGUAAAACGUAGUAUUUCCCGAGAAGUCUACAGAGUCUCAGUCUACAGAGAGAUCACACACAAUGAAGUAUAAGAUAGAAAAAGAAAAAGUUAAAAAAGUACGAUGGCCUCAAUGGAUAGCUGGUUUCGGAGUUAACCUUCUACAGCUACAAAUGGGACUGAUAGCGAUUUGGAGCUCACCAUACAUCGCAUAUCUGACUUCGCCCGAAUCUCACAUCCCCAUGACAAUGGACGAAGCUUCCUGGGUAGUUUCUCUAUUGAACCUAGGCAGGCUAAUUGGCGCUAUUUCUGGUUCUGUUGCCGUCAACUAUCUCGGCACUAAAACAACAGUCUUCGUGACGAGUUUACCAAUAACUCUAUGUUGGCUCUUUAUAAUUGUGGCUAAUCGAGUGGAAUGGCUGUACGCAGCCAGGUUACUAGCUGGGAUCAGUAUAGGAAAGAUGUACAGCUGCUUCUCGCUUUACCUAGGCGAGAUCGCGGAUCCUACCAUUCGCGGAGCUCUUGUUGUUUUAGCUGUAAGUGGAUUAUCAAUAGGUAACCUAGCAAUGAGCAUCAUAGGCGCAUAUUUAAGUAUGGAGAUGAGUGCUACCAUAUGUUUCAUCCUGUGCUUCGUAAUAAUCAUCAUUUUUAUUUGGUUGCCGGAAUCGCCGCAUCAUUUCGUCAAGACCAAAGAAGACGCCAAAGCACGAUCCUCGAUACUCUGGUAUCACCGUGAUUGCGACGUGGAGUCGGAGUUGCAAGAGCUAAAGGACUUCCACGAAAAGAACAAAAGUUUACCCUUCGCGGAUGUUAUGAAGGAAUUCAAACAUCCGUAUAUUUGGAAAGCGCAAAUACUCGUGUCCCUACUCUUCGUAUAUCUUCAGAUGUGCGGCUUAAAUAAUAUAUUAUUCUACAUGGAGACCAUCUUGCGAAGCGCCAAAGUCACCGUCAUAGAGCCAUCGAUGAUCGUAAUCAUCGUCACCGCUACCGGAAUCGUCGGCUCCGUACUCUCCAUAUUCCUAAUCGAUAAGUUCGGCAGACGGAUCUUAAUGAUCGUCUCCAGCUUGGCCGUCACAAUCUCGCUAAUCUGUCUGAGUACACAGUAUCAGCUUCUCGAUGCAGGAUAUGACCCCGCUAGCCUACAGGCUCUACCAAUUUUCUCGGUGUUCCUCUUCCAGAUAUCUAUGUACAUCGGCAUCAUCUCGAUACCCAACACGGUAUUGGGUGAGAUUUUUCCGCCUCAUGUUAAGUGCGUAGCCAGCUGUUUCGCCAGCAUCGUCGGAGCGAUAUCCUCCUUCAUCUCCACGUCAACGUAUCAGCCUUUAAUCAAUCUGAUUACGGAAAAAUAUUUAUUCUACGUGUAUGCUUUGUUAUUGAUAACCGCCGUACCGUACACCUAUUUCUGCAUGCCUGAGACUAAGGGCAAGUCAUUGCAACAGAUUCAAGAAGAAUUGGACAGCAGAUCUGAACGGAAAAGUUGAGCUCGAAUAUAUUUAACGAAUAGUCCUGAUGGUAGAUCCGUUGGAAACUCGUAGCACAAUUACAACUUGUUUUUUUACAUUUAUUACAAGAACACUUUCAUGAUACAUCGACGUCAGUGCUGAAUAAUACUGCAUGACCAAUAAUGAUCUAACAAUUUGCUAUCACACUACUUUCACUUCAUCUGAGCAAAACUAGAUCAUUUAUAUUUACAGUUGCAGACCAAAAGGUUGAUGUAAAGCAUUGGACGAAUAUGUAGACAUUUACUCACUUCUACUCAUUGUAUAUUAUCUUUGCAUAUGCAUUAAACUGUAAGAAUAAUUCUCAUUUCUUAUUUUAUUUAUUACAAGAGUGUAUUAGAAUUAUUUAAUUAAUAAGAAUUAGACAAUAAUAGAAAUAGUAAUAAAACUCAUACUUAUUUGUAAUAAAUGGUAAUUGUAGCAAUUAACAAAAUGAGUGAUAAAACUGAUAAAACUAUACGUGUAAUAAAUACGUGUAAAACCUG